CUGCGCAGACCUAGGCCUCAGAACGGUCCCGCAAUCCCCACUCGAAAAACCCACUUAUUUCGCCGUGGGACAUCCCUACCGCGCAGUCGCAAAAAUGGCGGCCAUGUUCGCUGCUGCUUGUUUUUAUUUGCCACCGGUCGGAUUACACAAAAUGGAAUGUAACGUAGCGUGAGCAGAAGGCAUCCGAGCAGCUUCGAACGACAGUUCCGACCUUUUUUUUCUCUCUUUUUCGGACAGCCACGACUAAUAAAAGCGAAUUUCUGCGGUACAUUAGCUUUUUCAGCGGCCCCUCCGAAGCCGUGUUGCCGAGGGCACUGGAGCGGGUUAGUGAAAAGCAUGGCGUCGGCGGGUUGUGCAAAGCGACGACGAUGACUUACCUCCGAACGCCUCCUAGGCUUCUAUCGAGGGCACUGCCGUGGGCCAGCCUGGGCCUCCCGCCGGGAUGAACUCUUCGGCGGACAUGAACUCCACGCUGAACGUGGCGGUGGUGAGCCACUCCAUGAUGUCGGCGGACGACCUGAGCGAUCCCCCAUCGAGCCCCGAAAGCCCCUUCGACGACUCGGACCUCCUCUCCUCCUCCACCGUCGCGGACGACGUGACCGCACAGCUCGCCGCCGCGGGACCUGUCGGCGUUGCUGCGGCGGCGGCCAUUGCGACGGGCAAGAAGCGCAAGCGACCGCACACCUUCGAGACCAACCCUUCCAUCCGCAAGCGCCAGCAGACACGGCUCCUCAGGAAGCUGAAAGCGACGAUCGACGAGUACACGACGCGAGUGGGGCAGCAGGCGGUCGUGCUGGCAGUGACUCCUGGCAAGCCCCAGAAUCACUUCAAGGUGUUUGGGGCACACCCGCUGGAGACGGUGGUGCGCGCCUGUCGCGGGGUGCUGGUCGGGGAGCUGGAGGCGGCCCUGGCCCAGCAGGCACCCCCGCAGGCCCAGGACGACCCCACGCUGCACGAGCUGCCGCCCGUCGUCAUGGACGGCAUCCCCACCCCCAUCGAGAAGAUGACCCAGGCGCAGCUGCGUACGUUCAUCCCGCUGAUGCUCAAGUACUCUACGGGCAGGGGCAAGCCCGGCUGGGGCAAGGAGUCCACCCGCCCCCUCUGGUGGCCCAGCGACCUGCCAUGGGCCAACGUCCGCAGCGACGUGCGCUCCGAGGAGGACAAGCAGAAGGUGUCGUGGACGCACGCCCUGCGCCAGAUUGUGAUCAACUGCUACCGCUACCACGGGCGGGAGGACCUGCUGCCGGCCUUUGAGGAGGACGACAAAGACAAGCUCAAGGGACAGGGCGGUGCCGGCCAGGUCGUCAGCAGCGCCACAGAGACGGCCCUCUCCACCACGCAGGGGACGUUGUACACGAGCCCGAUCACACACUACACGCCGACGAUGGUGCAGACCAUCAACAACCCGGACGGCACGGUGUCCAUCAUCCACGUGGACCCGGGCAGCGCCCUGCUCACCCUGCCCGACGGCACGCAGGCGCAAGUGCGCACCAUCAACGCCUGCGACCAAUGGCAGAUGGGCCCCGCCGGGGACGGAGACGGCCUGGCGGGCCAGGCGGUCACCCCCAUCAGCACGGUCAACAUGGAGCUGAACAGCGAGGCCGCCGCGCAGGCCGUGGCCACCCUGGCCGAGGCCACCAUCAACCACGACGGCCAGAUCAUCCUCACGGGAGAGGACGGCACCCAGAGCGCGUUUCCGGUGUCCGGCAUGGUGACGAUCCCGGUGUCCAUGUACCACGGCAUGCAAGUGACCAUGGCGCCCGUGGUGUCCGCCGAGGCUGCGUCCUCGGACGGCACGGGCGAGACCGUCGAGGUGCUCGCCGUGCCCGUGAGCACGACGCAGCAGCAGGUGGACUGACACGUGACGCAGUCCGUGUAACUCGCGCGACCGGACUGCCGCCCCCGCCCCGCGCUUCGAGAGAGCAAGCGACAAAGACCCUUCGCCUCGUGCCGCGCGUGCAAGACGCUGCGUCGGGUGCAUUGCCGUGCCCACUUCCCUCCCACUCGCUUCGAGAGAGAGAGAGCGACGUGGGACCGCCGACCGACUCGAGGAACGCCUCUUCGCUUCGGAUCGUGCGUGCAACGUGGCGGAGCAGAACAUUGCAUCGACCGUGCCACGUCGAAAAGCACUGGCUCAUUGUGUGCGGCCUCGCCGGAUUCGAGAACGCUUGGUGGGAAUCUGUUGCCACAUGCCCGCCACUACGAAACGCUGCAGAACUUCGAUGGCGGGCACCCUGUCCCAUCGCAAAGCAACGCGGGAGUGCGGUGCUGCGCCACGACGUCCGAGGAAAGUGUGCCGUGGCGCGACACAUAGACUGUGCUCCUCACGCCCAAAAUUCGUCGGGGAACGUUUUUUUUUUUUUUUUUCUUUGCUCCCGUCAAUGCGGUGAUUGUGGUGUUUCGAUUUGUGCAUCACUGCGACUGUUGUGCGACGUAACCUAGCACUCGUUGCAUCGUGGUCGUUAGAAAGAGGACGAUCCUUGCUUUUCUGUUUUCUGCCGGGGGUGAAGGAUAAGCUCGAUGGAUGUAGCCAGCUAGGCUCUUCGUUAUACCGGUGUAGCGCUACGAGAUCUCGGGUGGAAGAGAGGUUGAGAUCGAGAGUAGCUGCGAGCCAUCACAGCCAUCCGCCGAAAGAUCUCGUAUGCGAGAAUUGUGACUACUUUACAAAACUGAAGCUCGAUUUGUAGUGUUUCGGCGUGCGAGGUACAAAAGCCUAAAUCGACGUAGCCCAGUCGGCGAAGAUUAGAUGGGCGCUCUAGCGUUCCCUUUGGAAAAUAAUGUGGAACGACAGAAAGCUGCAGGAGUUAACAAUACAGUGGCAUUUUCGGGCGGUGCCGAAUUUAAAAGUUGUCAAGCUCCGCACGCGCGGGCAGACGCUUAUCUCUGCAUUCCCGGCCGCCAGACGCACUUCCGGCCCACCGUCGUCUCAUGUGCUCCUCCCCCUAGCCCAAGAACUUGGGUCUCUAGUCCCGUCCCCAAAUCGCUUCAGGGAACCGAGAUCUCCCAAAACUUGCCAAAGACGCUCCGAGGUUGUGUGAACUUGCACGCUGUGCAACGUACGAAAACAAACCGCUUCCCUCGCCCUUCGAGGUCAUUAGGUGCGUGCAAUUUUCUAGGAGCCCAGCGCACGUUCGGCGGCAUCGCACGUCGACGGAAGCGAGGCUUUUCUCUCGGUGGUUCCGUCGACGCAUGUGGCAAAUGUAACAUAGAAAGUGUGGGGAACGCCUGGUGGCGCCAGCGCGCAUUAUUUAUUGUUGUGAAUAUCGUGUACGUCUCGAGAAAUCGUCGUCGGACAGUGUCCUGCCUCGCGUGCGUGUUUGUGUCUGUUGUACAUUCAUUCUCGACUGGUCCCUCUUUGUUAUGUUGAUUUCAGGGGAAGUCGCCUCUUCUGGUAUUUCUCAUACCUUACGAUUCAAGUCUGUGAUCCUAGUUUUCUGGAAACGUACAAGAAAGGUGUCUGAAACAAAGAACUGAAAAUUCAAACCUGGAUAAUGUUUUCCCUGCUCUGUUGUAGCUGCCAAUGGAAUUGCCCCAUAAUAAAACCAUGGUCUUUGUUAGAA